AUGCCCGGUCAUACCAAAUUCGAUUAUGGUAUUAGAUCCACUAUUUCUCAAGUAAGUUUAUGAUACGUAUAACCUCUAGAAUACCUAUAAUUAUACUAAUUAUUAUAUUAUAAGUAUAAAGUUAACAAUAACGAACGAUAUACACACCGAAUCGCAAUACAAAUAGAAAUAAACAUUACUGUACGCUCUAUGUUAAAAUACAAUGAAAUCGCGUUGUUAAUUAUAAUACGCAGAAAUAUCCUAUUGUAUUUGCAAAAAUCGUCGUUAGAACUCCUAGAUAGUAAUAUUGUCACAACUACAAUUGAGAAGUGUUAAACUCUUAAAAAAUUAUAUAAUCUCCUACGUGAAAAUAGUCAUCACGCACCAGAUAGUGUUAGCUACUUAGCUAUAUCUCUGAUACUGGGUAGUCUAAUGGAAAGUUUUGAAAAAAUAAAACCUAUUAACCUAAGACGAGGAAUUACACGCAAACAACAGCACUGUCAAGUAUUAUUUCAUUUUGUAAUACAUUUAUAGAAUUCGUUCAGCGAUCGGUGCGUUAAGCUUUUGAUCUGUUGGCUGACGGGUGUGAGGUUGUAGGAUUGUCGAAUUAUUGCCUAUAUAGAGGAGAUUACACUAUAGGCGUCUUUAAAAUUCAGAUAAAAAAGGCCAUUCGUGUAGGGAUUUACGCGUGGACCUGCAUCAGCUUGUUAUAUAUAGCAGAGUAUAUUAACACGAAAUAAUUUAAAUUCGAUAUUGAUUUAUGUUUUAACAGUGUUUGGCUUUAGUGGGAGUCAGUUUCGUACAGAUCUGCAUCGGCAUACAGCUGUCCAGUCCGAGCAUCGUUAUCGGAGCUUUAAUGAGCUACACGAAGAACGAAAAAGAAUGGCUGACCAUGUCCAACGCGGAUGCGUCUUGGUUCGGUCGGUAUUCCGAUUAUCUCAACCUAUAAAUAGUUACUACAAUUGACUGACGUAACCUAACCGCAAUAAUUAAAACGCGUUUUCCAUUAUGCGUACACAGGCAGUCUCCUGGUUUUGUGCACGCCCCUGGGAUGCGUACUAUCGAUUCCGUUGCACAAUCGGCUUGGUCACAAAAACUGCAUGGUAUUAUCCAACGUGCCGUUCAUCGUGUCACAUCUCAUGAUGGUUUACGCCCACGACAUAAACACCCUGUACGCGAGUUCGGUGCUGAUGGGCCUGAGCAUCGGGUUCGCCAGUGGCCCGUUUACCGCCUACAUAGGCGAAGUGUGCGAGCCGAAGUUACGGGGCGCGCUAAUGUCGUGCACGUACAUCUUCUACUAUUUGGGCGGUGCCUUAAUUACGACCACCGCCACCAUCACCAAUGAGUGGAGAUUGGCCGUGAUGAUCAACCUGUUGAUCCCUGUCCUGGCCAUACUGAUUUUGCUCGCGGUUAUUACAUUGUACAUGCUCUCCGCCCCAAUCUGUCCAACAGAUAAGCCCCGUAUUAUUAUAACCGAGGUCUUUGAAAAUAAAGUCGGGAUGCAGAGAAUUAUUCGAUUUCUCUAAUAACAAUUAUAAAAUGAAUAACUUUAAUGAUGUGAAAAUCGUCAAAUUAAAACGAAAAGCGUAACCCAAUCAAGCUCAGUUAAAAGCGUUCUCUGGAAAAACUGGUGAAAAGCCCGACCUUAUCUUCUAAGACCGCGGGUACGCGCGACUGUCUCGAGAAAUCAAUCCAUAAUAUUAUUGUAUUCUAGAACCCGGAUUCGCCGAUGUGGUUGCUGACCAAGGGCAAGACUGAAAAAGCGAAACGUACGCUUCGGAAGUUGAGGGGAUCGGUUUCGUACGAAAUGUGUUCCAGUGAAUUUCGAGAGAUGGUUAUCUAUACUAGAAGUAAUUGUUUGCAUUUUUUUUCGUAGUUAUAUAUAAACAUAGUUAAUCAGGUACACAUUGAAACUAAAAACUGUAACACAGUGAUAUUUAUUAUUAAACGGGUGAUCGAAGACGAGUCAAUGGUGAAAAGGCCUUCAAUGCGCGGAAAAUUAAAUCGAGGCGUAAAUAUUGUAUUUAAAAGUACAUUAAGACAUGCGCACCUUGAAACCCAAUGGAGACAGAUGCGAAGAUCAGGGAUAGGCUGCAAGGUUUUUAUUUUUUACAGUAUAUAUACCGCAGUGUAGCCUGCGAAGUUAAAAAGAGACGGACAUAUUUCGCACGCGGGUGCAACCAGUGGUGUAAGUGGGAAGUUAGAAAGGUAGGAUAUAGACGGGAAUUGAAUGUAUAUCUGUAAGUAACGAUAAACCAUUGCUAACGAAAAAAACGAUUCUGAGCGGAGUUCAGUGAGACAGUGUUGCUUUGCCAACAAUAUAUAUGUCAUAUUAUGGUAAAAUAAUUACGUAUGCAUUGAACAUUUUCUUUAUUAAUAUUUGUUUAAUAUUAUACCUAUUUUUCCGUUCUUCCGCUUUUCCUCCGUUUUGUUCCGGUUUUUCCAAUAUAUUGAGAAAAUCAAAAAAUGACCUAAAUAAGACUAAUGCUUUGUCAACAAUUUAUAAUGUACCAUAUAAGGGUAAAAUAAUUAAAUAGACGUUAUAGACGGUAUUUUCUUUAAUAAUAUUUGUUUACUAUUGUACCGAUUUUCCCGAUUUUUCCAUGCUUCUUCCCGGUUUUUCAUAUUCGCUGAGGGGAAAACUCUUAGGAAAAUUGAAAAAUUACUUUUUGAAUGUGUCUCCCCAGCUUGUCAAUCUUUUAGAAAAGGUACUACACUUAAAAAUCGGAGCAAGAUUUCUAGUAGAAAAGUUGCGUACAGAUUAAAAAAAAAAAACAACAUCUUUGUAAAACCAUAGGAUUCUUCGCUACACACACAAUCUAAAAUUAAGUGAUGUAUUAUUUUUCUAAUAUUGAAAACAUUGCAUGUACAGACGGUCAAAACAUCGAAAACGACAUGGACAACAACGUUGGUGGCGACGACGAGAGUCCGUGGAGACAACUGUUGCGGCCCGAAGUGUACAGACCUUUUCGACUGCUAAUUGUAUACUUUUUCUUUAUGGUUUUAAUGUCCGGCACGAUGUUACUACCGUAUAUGUAUAAUAUAUUAACGAUAUUCGAAUCACAUAUUAGCAUCCAUUGGGCAACAGUGAGUGUUGACAUUCGUUUACGUAUUAGUUUAAUGCAUACAAAAAUGAAUUCAUUCGAAUUUAAAUUUAAUAUCGGAUUUGUUUUUGUAUUAACAUUGCGCAAUAUAGAAAAUAGUGUCCUUCUCAUCCUUGUUCGCGGGCAUACUGACGGUGUUCUCCGUGAACAAACUCGGCAAACGGUUUAUCACUUUGUUGAACUUGUCGAUUAGUGCAUUCUGUUACAUAUCCAUCGGUUUAAUCGGCCGUUAUAGGGAGAGUCCGAAUCAGACAACGUCGUGGUUGAUGCAAAUCCUGUAUAUCACUAUCGUUUUCGUAUCGGCGUUCGGUAUGAUGCCCAUUUCGUGGGCUCUUAUAACCGAAGUGUUCCCCAUGAAGUAAGUACUGUUGAAAUUGAUAUGAAUUAAUAUUACGUCUAUGCGAGCACAAAGCGAUUAUUAAUUUGUUACGAUAGAUUGCUAAUCAGGGCUGUAGUUAUGGGUGUACCCUGUGCUAUGUGCCGCAUAACUUCUCAUUUUUACGAAUGAACACCGUAUACAUUCUAGUUACGGCCGUAUACUCUCUGUCAAAGGAAACUCACAAAAUGUAUCAUACAAAUAUUAUUCUUAUUAUUUUCAUUUUUGGUUGAUUACAAAAACAAAAGUUAUUUACUAUUUAUACCCUCUACUAAAACAUUAGGUUAGACAAUGCACUUGGGGAUGUUGCACGCAUGCCUAAUAGCGGCACGGUUAUAACGUGUAACUUAACCCUCUGAUUUUUUUUAAGAAUACAGCACUGAUUAUAAUAUACAGAAAAAAUAAUUGAAAAUUAAAAUUACCAAAAUGAAUAAUUGUAUUAGUCCUUAAAUCUCGGGGGAAACUAUGUACGUAUCCUAUAGGUACGUACGACGCAUGCAUUGUAUAUGAUACAUAUGCUUAUUACAGUAAGGUUUGGUAACUGUAGUAUAGAUUUAUUUCAAACGUCCCACUUGUAUGAGACGAUGCAAAUAUUUAUUUUAACAAACUAUUUCCGCCACUUACCGAAUAUUAUUUGGACUCUGAGUAUAGGUCAUCUAGAGACGCGUAUUUAACUGUAAGUUGUAUAAUUUUAUAUGACAAUAAUAAAAAAUUUUGUAUUUCAGGAGCCGAAAUAUAACUUGUAGCAUCAGUUCAGCGCUGCAUUUAUUGUUUUUCUUCAUCAUGAUCAAAUUUUUUCCGCUAUUACUCACCGUAAUGGAUUUAUACGAAAUAUGUAUCGUGUUCGGCAUUGUGGGCGUUUUCGGGUGUCUAUAUUUUUAUUUUUAUCUUCCCGAAACGGAAAACAAAACGUUAAAAGAAAUAAUCCUAUUUUUCAAAUAAUCUUUAUGCAAAUCAUAUUGCAUAUUUGUUUUUAGAACGUUCAAACCUAUUACGGAUGUAAUACUAAAGAUUACUCAAGCAAUGGUACAAUGUAAUAUGUAUUACACAUUUUUUACAAGCACCCCGUGCAAUCACACUAUAUUUGAUUAAAAAUUGUGCCUUUACAAAGCAAUAAAUUUAAUUAAGUAUUUAUUAAGUUUUUUUUUUUUUUUUUUUGUUGCUAUUUGUUUUUUAAUUCUCUUUAUUUUAUUAUAUGAUUAUUUAUGUGCACAUUACAUUUUAGUACUGAUUAAUAUUAAUAAUCUAUGGUAUUUGACGAAUGUGAAAUUAUAUACUAAUUUUGGACAGAUACACAUACAGAUAAUGUAGUGUUUUUUGUUAUGUAUAAUAAUAUCCAUUUUUACGGCGCAGUUCGUUGAUUAUUUAUAAAAGUAAUACAAUUUUAUCUCUCCUAAUUAAUUCGGAAAAAAAAUAAACACCAUUAUAAAACCAAAAUCUAAAAUUUUUUUAAGUAACUAUUUUUUUUUUUUUUUUUUUAAGAUUCUGAGCGGAGUGAGGAAUAUAUUUGUUUUACAGUGAUAUUUAUUUUUUGUUUUGUUUUUUAUCUGUGAACCACUUUUCUACCAGGAAUUUUUUUACGAUUGUCAAUUUUAACAAUUUUUCGGAAAGGAAAUUUGACUGUGGUGGUACUUAAAGAAAGUAAAUUUUUGAUAUUCCCAUCUGUUUUUAUAAUAAAUGGAGAAAACCGGGAAAAAACAUGAAAUUAAUUUUUUCAAAUUUUAAAUAUUAAGUCCUUUAAACACACGUGUUACCCAACUCUGUUCAGAAUCGUUUUUCAUUAGAAAUGACUAAUCGUUAUAUAUAGAUAUACACUAAAUUUCCUCUCUACCUUCUCAACUUCUCACCUACAACAGUAGCAGAUGCUUCGUGCGAAAUAUGUCCGUUUGUUUUUUUUCUUUUUAUUUCAUUUUAUUAUAUUUAUAGAACUCGUACCCACAGCGCAGCAAUUGGCUAUAAUGGGUUGAUCAAUACUUUUGAAUUUUUCGUUUGAUCAUUGUUGUUUGUUGAAAUAUAUUAUAAUAUUAUUAUUUUAAAAAAAAAAAGUACUUUGAGUAUUUUUUAUUUACGUUCAUAGUAUUUAAAAAAACAAUUAUUCAAAUACAAUAUUUACACAAGCGUUCGAAAAAAACGUAUUCUGAAUACAAGUGUUUUUAACAAUAACACUGCACCGAUUUGUUGAUAUACCCGAUUAUUAUACCCUACACUUACAUAAUAUUUAACCUCAUUUUUAAAUCGCCGCGUCACUUAUCUUAUAAUAUUAUGGUGAUAAGAUUGUUGAAGAGAACACUCGAUUAUAAUUAAAUAACGUACCUAUACUAGUACUUAAUAGCUAUACAAACGGCGCUAGUCGAAUCACAUUUAUGUUUAACACCGGGACAAGAAACAUACUAAUACAUUUUCGAAAAAAGUGAAUGCACUUGCAAACGCAUUUCUAAAAAAAAUUCUUUUGUAGUAAAUGUUUAUAAAUAUUUAAUUGCAGUACAUAUUGUAUGACGUACUUAUUUUGUAAAAUACAAAAUAAACAAUACACUAUAAUACAAUAUUUGAGACGAAUACAAGAUAUUAAAACUACUCAGACAUUGAUUUAUUCCGGUAAGUGCGCGUAUAUUAUUUGUACAUAUUAACAAACAAUUCGUUCGUUCUUUGAAAACAAUAAAAUAUUUUGUAAUCAUAUAUCGAAAAACAUAAAGUUAUCGUGUUGGGCAAACUGUUGCAAAUUUUUACUUUCACGGAACGCUCGUGACAAUUAACACAAAUCACAUCUGUUUAAAAUGGUAACGUCAUAAAAACAGUGUUUGAAUUGGAAAAAAAAAAGAGGGCCUCAGAAGACUUAAAAAGAAAUGCGCGUGCCUUGUAAUAAUUGAACUCAAUCUAACCCGAGUGCUUUCUCCUCCGCCAGACCAAUUUUCAAACAUAAAUCGGUAAUGAAUAAUUUUUUGAAAACAAAUACUAAGAAAUAUAAUAACACUACUUACUGCAGGCUAACUUUUUGUCUUCUAAGAAAACAUUUAACUUUUCCAUUCAAACAAUAACGGUUUCUGUUUAUUCAGUGAAAAAACAAUCGCAUCCAAUAGAGCUGUAUUUAUAGGCUCUUGUAUACAGCUCUUUACAAUAGUAAAAUUUUCAAAUCAUUCUGGCAAUUUUUCAGUUAUAGCCAUUUGUAAUUUUUGGAUUUAAUUUUGUUUCACGUGAUUAAAACUUUUUUUUAAAAACAAAAUUGUAACUAAUGGGGAAAAAUGGGUUCAAAAACAUUUUUAUUCAUAAGCGCUUUGUUCAAAUUUGAAUAAAAAUGCAACAUAUAUUACUUUCCCAUCAGUGGCAAAUACUGAGGUUUUUUAAGGGGAAAAGGGUGGGGAUUUUAUUAAUAAAAUAUUAUAUAGACAAUUGUAGAAUAUAAAAAUUACAUAAAAGAGCACGAUCGCCUUAAAGCAUCCUCUCUUGUACCCGCCACCGCACCUCAUGCGUUUCAUAGUAGAAGUGAUUUAAGAAUACUUAAAUUUCUGAAAAAUGUUUGAGUUGCUUCGUCCGCUCUUUCUAAUUCGAACACUGCAUAUAAAUUUUCACCAUCAGAUUCGAAUAGUCGUAAUUUUUUUUUUUCAAAGAAAUUUUGGAAUAUUUACAAUGAUAUUUUAUUAUUUCCGUUCGGAAUACGUCAGAUAUACUUGUACAGCCGACCGUUACCGUUCGAAUACAACUGUGGAUUUCACUCGAUUUUUCGGAAAACUCAAAACCGCCUAAAUUCUAAAGGGCGUGAAAUUUCAUUUUUAUGUACACACUUAAGCAACCGGUUAACAACCGAUUCGUAUUGUAACUCGCGCGUUAACCCGGUAGUCGUAGUUGUCGACCGAUAAAUUAUGCCUACCCUAAACAAAAUAAACCACGAUGCAUACGCGUGUGGUCGUGUCUGAUAGUCCCACUUUUCCGUCGAGAAAAAAUGUUAGUGAAGUGGCAACAAACCGUUUUAUCGGACGUAGCGCUCCAAGCACGGCAUAUCUGUACACGUAAAUAAAUGUGUAAAACAAACAAACUACGACACACAACUAUGAUUUGAAACCGAGAGCACUUCACAGAGUUACAAGUGUUUAUUAAUUAUGACAUUAAUAAGCAUAUUGCGGUCUAUAACAAUGUUCCGUAGACAGAUUAUAAGACGAAAUCGGAUUAUCGAUAUUGUACAUAAUCGUCGCUAUACGCUUCUCGUACAGUACACGACCGUGUGCACACGGGAGGAAGGCGAGAGUGAUAUAUCCCAAUCUUUACCCCACGACGUGUGCGUUUUAGAUUAGAUUUUUUUUUUUCGCCGUCUGUAAUCGACUUUUCGAAAAGACGUCUUGCUCCGAAGUAAAGAGUACGGUGCCUUUGUUUUUCGUUGGCAAUUAUCGUCGCACGCGUAGUAUAAAUUCAAUUACGUAUUAUAUAUUACAUCCUGCCGUCCGACAUCCGUCUUAAAACACUGACACAUCACGAGUUGUUUUUGUUUUUUUGUUUUUUUCUCUAGUUCAGUAAGUCAAUAUAUUUUCACAAUAUUUUACUUUUGACUCGACUAGGUUUUAAAUUUAUUUUAAUAAUAAUAUUUAUAAACGGAAAUAAACGGUUUUGCGUUAACCGACGAUUUUUUUUCGUUUAUUUAACUCAACAAUUGACCCGAUCGGGAUUAACCGUUUUCACUAACUCAAUCCUGCCGUCCGACAUCCGUCUUAAAACACUGACACAUCACGAGUUGUUUUUUUUUUUUUUUUUUUUACUAACAUCAUAUCAUAUUAAAUUUAUAAGAUUCUAUGUAAAUAAUUAUGUUAGUUACAUUUUCUUUUUUGUCUACGAGAACAACUUUUCUACCAGCAAUUUUGCUCCAAUUCACAAUUGUAGCGCUUUUUCUGAAAUAAAAUCUAACUAUGGUGGUACUUUAAGGGCGUUUUUUUUUUUUUUAUUUUCCUAGCUGUUUUCAUACUAAAUGUCAAUAACCGAAAAAAUUGAUACAAUAUUAAACAAGUAUUAUUAAAGAAAAUAAUAUACAAUGCGUUUCAUUCAAAUGGUAACACGAAAUAUUUCUGUCCAGUGACCUCGGAUUGAAAUGGGGUUUUCAAGAGAAGAUAGGAAAUACUGAGAUUUACAUUUUGUAUGGAUUUUAAAAUUUCAUACCCUUUCAGUGUGCAUAUGAGCAAUAAAACUUGUAUUUUUUUUUUAAUGGAAACACUUGAUUUGAAUAAACCAUUUUUUUUUUUAAAAAAAAACUUAUAUAAAUAAACUUUUACGUUUUCAAGAAAAUUUUCCGAGUUACAGCUAAUCACAUUUUCAAUUUAAAUUAUUGAAUUUUUCAACAAUAAUCCUAUGUUUUUAAAUUCCCAUGUAGUUAUGUGUACUUUAUUUACACUAGUAGGUUUCACUGUCAUAAUUUCAUAUUUUUAAAAGUUUAUUCGUAGUUAUUUACUCGGAAAUGCCGAGUAUCUUUUGAAAUACCUAUCGUUUUUCAUUAGCAAUGGUUAAUCGUUGCGUGCAGAUAUACACUCAAUUUUCUAUUUACAUUCCUAAUUUCUCACUUAAAAUAGUGAUCCAUCUACGUGAGAAGUAUGUCAGUCUUUUAUUAUUUUUAAUUUAGUAUUUUUAAUAUGGUUAGGUUAGGUUAAAGGAAAAAUAUUCGUAGAGACUUGAAAUUAUGAUAAAAAAUCUUAUAGAUACUUGUUUUUUCUAGACAUAAUACCAUUUUCAAAUAAUUUUUGCCAUUUUUGAGCAAUUUACAGGCAUUUUAAUGUUGUAAUUUUUUUCGUUUUUUUUUAUUUGGUAGCUACUUUGUAAAUAAAAUUGUUAGACUAAUCAGAAAUGCUUGUUUUUUGUGUAUUUUUUUUUUAUAAUUAUUUAUUUUAUCAUUAUAAUAAUAUACAAAAAUUAAAUUGAGUAAUUUCGGUUACCCUUAAGUAUUUUAAAGAGUUUUUUUUUUUAGAGAGAUAUUUUUAAUUUGAAUAGCAUAACAAUGGUAUGAUGCCAGACAACCCAUACAUAUUAUAGCUACUUACUGAAAAUCCAAUUUUUUUAACUUAUAUUAAUCCUGUAUAGGUUUAUACCUACACCUAUUACAAUCAAUUUAAUCGAAAAACAAUGGCGGGGUAGAAAUAUUAUUCGAUACAUUAAAGGACUACACAAAUAAAAAAACGGACAGAUUUCGCACGGUGGAUGGGACACUGUUGUAUGUGAAAAGUUGUAAAGGUAGGAUAUAGGGAUAUAGAAGACACUUUAAUUUACAUCCGUACGUAAUGAUAAACCAUUGCUAAUAAAAAAUAAUUUAGAGCGAAGUUUCUUUUUUACAUAAACGUACAUUUUACAAUAAAAUUUGUCCAUGUCUAGAAAAAGCAAAUAUAAGUUUUCUCUUCAAAUUUCAAAUCUCUGCAUAUAUUUUUAACUGAAUUAUAAUAAGAAAACUAAAUUGAAAACAAUAAAAGAAUUAUUUUCAUAAAUUUCCCAGUUUAUUUUACGGUUUUUUUUUUUGGUUUUGCUCAAUUGUUAAAAAAAAACUACAAGAAAAAUCAAAAAAAUGACUUAGUUAAUUAUCAACUAGUUUCAAAUGUUUAUUAUUAUUUAUCUAUUGGAGAAAUAUUUCUGGUAGAAAACAUCGUGUGUAAAAUUUUAAAAUAAUGCAAUCGUAGGCCGUAAAUUUAUUCGUUUUAAAUUUUCCGGCAUUUUUUCGGCUUUUUCCAAUUAUUAUAUGAAAACUACUCGGAAACUCCGAAAACAACUCACCACUUCAUGAGUGCCUAGACCUAAAAAAAAAAAAACAAAAGAGAUCUAAUUUCGCCUUUUUGUCGGAGCGAUAUUUUUGGUAGAAGAAAUAUUUUGUAAACAUUUUAAACGAUGAAAUCAAUAACGUUACGGCGCGCCUUAAUUAUUGCCGUUUGACCUAUGGUUUUCUCUCCGAUUUUUCGUUAUUAUUUAUAAAACCCCUUAGAAAACUAUUAUGUAAAUUUUAGUUGAAGUGCCUAGUAUGUUCGUGAAAAUGUGGUAGUCAGUUUUAUUGUCCAGUUAUUCUUUAGACGAACACGCCAUGGUGUUAAGACUAACAGCGCACAAUCGGUUUUCAUAUACAAAAAAAGCAUAAACAUAACGACAUUAAACGGUUGCACGACAUUUACCGUAACGUAUUAUAUAUUAUUAUCAAAUAAAUAAACUGUAAAGCUGCAACGGUUACAUUGGAUUUGUAAUUAAACCAACGAUUUAAAAAAUUUCAAUAGGUACUUCCGUCACUGAUAUUAACAUUAAACUAACUUAUAAUCAAAAUAAUAUUAAAUUAUAUCACACAUAAAACAUAAUAUAUUGUAAUAUACAUACUGUGCUCUCCCAUCUGCCGGCAAGGUCUGCGCACACCUAUGCUAGUCUGUAAUUAGGACUUUAGUCUCCUUCCUCCAAAAUCUCGAAUGCUAUUUACACCUACGGUAUCUAUAAGCGUUCUAAGAAUUAAAACGAAUGUUCCGUAAUAACACAAUGUGUAUUAUUUAAAAAAAAUCUAAAACGAACAAAUUAACUCAUUAUAACCAAUAGUACCGAUGGAAAUAUUGCAAAACAAACGCAAUCACAAAAUCAUAUGAUAAAUUAAAAUAUUGCGUUGUAGUCAUCUCGCAGACAUCGUCGUUAAUCAAUGAGAUAUAUCCGAUGUGCUAAUCGAAAACUGUAAUUUAUAGGCAUAUAAAAAAAAACUUUUAAAAUUUAAAAAAUAUAACAUUUUUUUUUUUUUGUCUUCCUUUUAUGUAACCGCGAUAAUAUUAACAAUAAUCGAAUGGUCGGUGUAAUACGUAUUUAUGUCGUCUUUCCGAUCGCUUUGCAAACCGUACAAACUACCAGUGAAUAUAAUUCGAUUUUGUGAUGUGGUGCAUUCGAAUAAAAACUACAAUUGGCUUACAUGUUAACUAUUAUUACAUUUGAGAAAUCUACAAUUUGAGAAAUUCCAAUAUUUAAUACACACCGCCGGUAAUAUUAUUAAUUUUUUUUUUUAUUAAAGCUCUAAGUAAAUAGAAUAAUGUAGGGAAUUAAUAUUAUGGAACAUGAAGUUCGAUGAAAACAUUGAUGUUCGACUACACAUAAUGCGUUAAAGGACAAAGGUCAGUUACCUAAACGAAAUCAAUAACAAUUACUAGUAUCAAUAUUAUUAAUAUAAUUUAUUACUAAUAUUAUUUUCUAUUCCGAGAGCAACGAAAAAGCUAUUCGUUUUACUAUAACGAGUGUUUUUAUUUCCCUCGGAAAACCUUUUUUCGACUAGUAAAAGUCUUCCGAUUGUUUCACGUAGUAUCUCAAAAGAUGCGGAAUUUCCGCCGGGUAAUACUUUAUUUAAAACAUUUAUUGAAACGUUCAGUAGUUUACUCCGUGGGUAAUUUUCUUUUUCACGGCGCACUUAUUGUGGUUGUAAGAAGGUGCUAAAUUAUUCGUAUCUUAGGAUUUUUUUCCGCUGAUAGGUGGUACUUUAUUUCAAAAAAAAAAAUCUAGAUUCCAAAUAGGUUUUUUGUGAAAUUUAAAAGGCUAACAACUAAUUUCGAUACGUCAGAUACGUUAUUUUCGCAGAUUUCUGAAUUGUCAUUACUAACUACGGGCCAAAAACACACAAUAACACUAAUACUAUCCCACUCAGUAUCGUUUUUUGUUUGUAUUCAUUUACCGGUGUACAAAGUAUAAAAACUAAAUUACUCUAUAUAUUAUAAAUCCUUCCUACCCAACAUCAAACAAAGGACAGUGGCUCAACUUGUGAGCUGCAGUAUCAACUUUUAGAUUCCGAACGUAACGAGACGCUAUUGGUUUUACAAUGCUGUUUAUUUCUUUUUCUUUCUUUGUUCUUUGUUCUAGUCUGUGGACACGUUUUCUCCUAGUAAACCGGCUCUAAUGUAGAAGUGUAUCAUCUUUUCUGAAAGCUUAAGUUGUCUAGAUUGUACUUAAAACUGGUCAUUUUUUUGAUUUUCGAUGCCAUUUUUAAAUAAAACCACUUAGGUGGGAAAAAACGUAGGAAAACGUACAAUUUCACGAUUUCAUUAUUUUAUAAAAACACGGACGACGUUUUCUACCAGAAAAAAUGAUUUAAUCGAAAAAUCACCGAAUAGCUUUUUUGUUGUUUUUUUGAUUUACUUUCUUACGGUGUAAUCGACAAAACUUUUGAGCCACUUUUGAGCGUUUAAAGAGUUUUAAUUUUUGGAAGUUUUUUUACUAUAAUUCGGUUAUAAAUACACGUAGAGACUUAAAAAUAGGUAAUAAUACUUAUAUUAGAUUUAUGUAGACGUGGUAAAAUUUCCAAAAUUAUCGGACGACUUUUUUUUUUUUAAUAAACGUUUUGAAAUGAUAUUUAAAUGAAAACGGCAAAAAAAUUACGGCACUUCAAAUUAUGUACUACCGAACUGCGUUCCGAAUCAUGUUUCGUCAAGCAAUUGUUUAUCGUUGCUUACAGAUAUAAAUGAAAUAAUCUUAUGCAUGCUACCUUUCCAACUUCUCACCUACAACAGCUGCCGCUCCCGUCACCAGUAUCAGCAAUUUUUUUUUUUUAAUUAUUGUUUUUAAUCAUUUUUAUUUUUAUGAUACCUAAUUAAUUGUAUUUUAUAAAAUGUUGUCCACAAAAAAAAAAAAAAAAGACCGUACUGUUUUACCGUAAAUUUUCUCGUUUUUCAUUCAGAAAAAGUGCUAUUAUUGAAAAUCGGAGCAAAAUUGUUCGUAGAACAGUUGUCCGCAGAAAAAACAAAUAAACAUUCUAAAACUAAUACAUUUCUCGCAUCACUCAGAAUCUAGAAUAGACAACAACAUUAUGUUAAAACCUUUUCGAUCAGUACACGUACACUAGAGAGACGCUAAAAUGUCAACAUUUAACAAUAUUAAGCGAACUAACGAGGAAAUAAAUUCCGCUUGUAAACAUUAUCACACCCCACUGCACAUUUCUACAUUAGGACUCGUUAGAACGAGAAUUUUUUUUCUCGUCUACCGUACGUACUUAAUUUAAGUAACAAUUUAUAAACUAUAUUGUAACCGAAUGCAAUGAAAUAUUAUUGGAAAAUUAUUCAAUAUUAUGUUAUCUGUCGGCGACAAUCAAAAAAGUGGUUAAUUGAUUUCUCGUUGAACCGCAGUGAAUACGUAUGCAUUUUAGAAUUGCAUAGACAACGCUAUUGCAGCCAGUUUCUAGAAAUACCGUUGAUUUUUGUGAUAUACUUGUUACUUUCACACAAAACUUGUUGCUUAUAUGCCGCCGCCAAUAUAAUUUCCCGUACAUUUUGAACAAUAAUUAAUAUUAUUUUUUUUUUUUUUUCAAAUAAUACCAUGACGGAUUUAGUCUUAUCGAACGCCAGUCGUGCCAUUGUAAAACCGUUGACCCCGAUCCGCAUUAUUAUUUAUUGCACCUAUCGAUAACAAUUAUCCUCAGUUCUGCGUGUGCGACACAACGUGAAUAGUACUGCAAUAUCGGCACGUAACGUGUUUUAUUACACAAUAUACCUACUAAUUAUUGUGCAUAAUUAAUCUAUAACAACAACGGUUUAUUAAUGAUUAAAAAAAAAAAAAAAAUAAACCACGAUCACUUCAAUGUUUCAAAAUAUAUUGCCGGAUAUUCUAGAUUCGUCAAUCUACACCGCUUUUCUGUAUUUUUCUGUUGCUACCGAUAGCAAACACUACCGAAUAGAACCGCGUCAGUGUCAUUAUUUCUGCAUGUACCGGGCCUAUUACAAUCUAACAGUUUUAAUCUCAAAUCAUUCAUUAGCAACAGUGACAAUAACUUAUAACGGUGUGCGGCUUGUAUCUAUACAGGAUGUCCCAUCGUGUUUAACGGGUUUUUCUGGAACGGUUAAUAUUCAAUUUGUUUACAUUUUUUUUUUUCCCCAAUUCGCUUUCUUUUUCGAGAUGGACGUAUAUUUGGAGAACAGAUUUUCGUUAAAAUUCAAUUUUAAAAGUUAUAUAUUAAAAAAAAAAAAAAGAAUAAUAAUAAUAAUAUUACACUACACUCGAUUUUUUUUUAUUUUGACCAUUUACUAAUAUUUAUAUUUGUAGGGUACAGCGAAAAACCAGAAAUGUCACUUACAAAGAACAAGGCUAAUAGUAGUGUAUUAAUCUAACACUUAUCUGGUUAUAUAAAUUAAUUAUGUAAUUUUUUUUUCCUGUAGGUCUAAACUUCUGGCAUUCAUUACUUUCGAUUAAUCUCGUUUUUUCGCCGUUUCGUUCUCAUUUAAGAUACGAUACGUGAAUACAAAUUAUUUGAUACCAAUAUCGCUAUUUUGAAAAAAAAAUUGACAUUUCUGGUUUUUUCCCUGUACCCUACAAGUUUAAACUUGUGUCAAAUUUUCUGUUAAAUCUGAUAUUUUUAUCCACAGAGGUUCCGAAUAAAAAUUACGUUAAAGACUCGCAAAAUUAAAAUAUACAUAAACAGCUCAAAAACGACUCAAAUGUUUUGAACAUUUUACCACGUCUAAAAAAAGCAAAUAUAAGCCGUAACUAUUUUAAAUAAUAUAAUCAAUGUACUGUAAUUUGAACAUAUUUUAUUUUUCACUUUUUUUUGGAUUUUCCUAAUUAUUAUGAAAACUACUUCAUGUAUCAAAAAAAAAAAAAAAAAUACUUUGUUCAUCGGGCUACGUGAAGUUAGCGGGCGCAGUAACAUCACUGAAUUCCACUCUAGUAUCAACAUUUAGUAGUAUUUAUUAGUAUCAUUUUAAUAACGGAAAAAUAUGACAUAUCAAAUAAAAAUUACAUAUCAACUGCCUACCUAUAAAAAGCCUAAAACUAAUUGGAAUGUUUUUGAAAUGCAUACUUAUCUUUGUAGAAAAUACAAUUAUAAAUUAUCAUGUCCAGUGACGUAUAUGGGGUUCUUCAAGUCUGGGUACCCCCGUUCUCUGACCUGCUCUUUGUAUUAUUAUUAUCAUUACUUGAUAUCCCUAUCAAAACAUGUCGGUCAAAUUUCAAAGGUGAAAUUAAUUUCAUUAGAUCCGCAAAAUAAAAAAGUAUAUUUUUUUUAAAUUUAGUGUACAGUUUAAUGGCAAUAUCCAGGAAUUAAUAGAAUUUCACCGGUCAUUAAGAUAACAGAAAUACCUGCAGCCAAAGAUGUUGUUGUCUUUAUUUCUGAACUAUGUAGUACUUUUUAAAAUCUAUUUAGAGUUUAUCAGCAUAGACAAUCGUCCGUUAUAAUAUAACUAUUAUUUUGCCAUUCGCAUUUCCGUCGACCGCCACGAUCCACUGUCCACGACCGUACCAGGCUUAGGUGGUUACUGAAUAAAGUAAGUAUUUAUUCAAAUAAUUAAUGUUCAUAAAAAAUCAUAUAAUUAUAAAAUAUGAUACAUUAUGUAGGUACCCAAUAUAAUAUUAUAGCCGGAGAGAUUUCGCGCCGUUGGUCCGGCCGACCGAGACACAAUGGAUUUUUGCGCAGGUAUGAAGGCCCUAGUUUAAAACCAUUUUUUUUUCUCGAUAAUAUUUUCAAUUACACCUAUUUUAUGAUAAAAGUAAAAUAUAAUAAAAUUGAUAUAAAUAUUAAAUUCUCAAAUAAAUCUUUCUUUCGGUAUUUAAGAUAUUGAACGUGCGCGUGGCCGUGUGAUCUAAUUUCGAAUGGUUUCUUCACGAGCAUCGUAACUUUUAGCACACGAGAUGAUUUCGUGUAUCUAAUAUUUAAAUUUAUAGGGCGUUGGACUAUCAGAUUUUCUUCGAAAACACCUGGUACGAUGAUCACUAUCAUUAUCGGUGUAAUGGUGUCGUCUCUUGUACGAACCGAUCUUGCCGGCUUAAUUAUCUCAAGUUAUACAACGGUUCGAUUUUAAUUUUGGUGACGAAUAUUUGUACUUCUAAAUUUUUGUUACCCCCGAAAUACCAUCCAAAAUAUGCCACAUAACCGUGGCAAUCAAAUUUUAAACUAAUUGAUAUGGAUAUUUUUUUCACGUUUUAUUCGCAUCAUGCAAUAUAACUAACUAUGGUAGUAGCUAGCGACAUUUUAAACUUUUGUUUGUUGUUGAAGACAAGAUUUAAAAAGCGAACGUAUUUCGCAUGAUGGGUAGGCCACAGUUGUAUGUGAGAAGUUGGGAAGGUAGGACAUGGAGGGAAAUUUAAUUUGUAUCUGUGAGCAACGAUAGACCAUUGCAAACGAAAAAUGAUUCGGGAGGAAGUUCGGUUGUACAUGUUUUGAAACGGCCCGUAAUAUUAUAACAGUCUAACAAUUUUAUCCACCGAGUACCUACUAAGUAAACGUUACGUAAAAAACGCGCAAAAUCAGAUUGUCUAUAAAAGCUUAAAAAAAUAGCUCAAUGUUGACUCAAAUUAUUACCGUUCGCAAGCACUAAGUCAACAUUAAAUUUUGAUACUACAGCAGUUUUUGGUGGUGGUAUCGCGUCCGCUAACUUCACGUAGUGGACGGAGGAUAAGCCCCGCGUAACUUUUUUUCUGGACAGAGCACUAAUUUUGCAAAUGGUACCGUUGGCUAGCACUAAAUCAGCAAUACAUUUUGAUAUUAAAAACGAUUUUAAUGCUGGCAGUGCGACCGUUGUGGGCAAUUUCGAAACAUCAGACAUGUCGUCGGAAAACAGAGCACCAAUUUUGAAAACGGUACCGUCCGUAAGCACUAAUCAUUAAAUUCUGGUACUACAGCGGAUGUCGGUGCUUGUACUGCGUCUGCGUAUGUGAAGUUGGCGGACGGAAGCUGAGCGUCCGCGUAACUUUUGGAUUGAGUACUAAUAUUGAAAAUAUUUCAAAUAUUACCGUUCGCGAGCACUAAUUCAGCAUUAAAUAUCGGCACUAGAAAGACAAUUAGUGCUCGAUUUUCAUCCGCUGACUUCACGGAAACGCAAUACAUUCUAGUCAAUUAAUUAUGCGUAAACUGAAAAAAAAAAAAAAAACAAAAGCUGUUACACGCUUUUUUCAAAUAAAUAUAUAUUUAUAUAUACAGUACUUAUGGAUAUACAAUAUUAAAUAACUUUUAAUUUUCAGAAAAUCCAAAAAAUAUAUACACAAUAACGUAUCUAUAAGAUACCACCUAUGUCUAGUGAUACCGGGUUUAAAUAUGGCAUUAAAUCCACUGUUUCUCAAGUAAGUAGACGUCUGACAUUUCUUAUGUACUUAUUUAUAAUUAGUAAUUAUUAUUUCAAUACAAAAACAAUUAACAAUAACGAAUGAGAAUGCGGACCGCGUCACAGUUAAAAUGGAAUCGAAUAUUACCGAACGUUUUGAAACCGUGUAAUAUUCGAUGGUACCGCAUUAUUGACUGUAUCUGCAGUUACCGUUAAUUUGCCGUCCGAAAAAAUGUCAAUAGAAAGCCUAUAUUGUAAUAUUACCGUUAAUCUAAUUGGCCAACUGCAAUAACUGACUCGUUGCUGCUGUUGGCCGGUCAGCGACCUGUGUAUUUGUUUUAAACUCGAUAAUGAUUUAUGAUAAAACAGUGUUUGGCUAUAAUCGGAGCUAGUUUCAUACAAGUCUGCAUUGGCAUAGAACUGCUAUGCACGACCAUCAUUAUCGGAGCACUACAGAGCGAUCCCAGAGACGAAAAAGAAUGGCUGACCAUGUCCAACGAGGAAGCGUCUUGGUUCGGUCGGUAUUUCGAUUAUCUAUACCCAAUACAUUUAUACAAACGUAACCAUUCGUCUUAUCUUGAAAUAAUUUAUUCGCAAACAAUAAUAAUACUGUGUUAAUGGUCGUUGUUACAAUUGCUCGCCCGACUUCCGUUUAAGUUUAGCGGACACAUUUAAUGGCGGCUAGAUUUUAAAAUUGCGUUACUACAAUGUCUUACAUUAUACUAAGUUUGGUCUCUAACUACUGUCGGUGACUUGUGAGUUGUUCGCUCCAGCUCGUUUAACAUAGACCUCUAAAAGACAGAUCCAAUAGUACAAUAUUAGAUCACGAAUUAUUAUCGUUCGCUAUCUAGUUUGAUACCCGCGUCCCGCAUAUAAUAUCGAUACAAUCAUUUUCCGCCAUAUUCGUGGGCAUUAUAAUUUUACCGCUUACACUAUAUUAUUAUGGUAUUAGGAUAGUGCGAUACGUUAUCUUAUGGUAGUUACGCGGACAAGAGAGAUCGACUGAUAGGGAGAGCACGAUUUAUCACCAUUCUUACAAUAAGUCCCACGAAAAUGGCAAGAGUAAAUUAUAAUAAAUUGCACACAAACGAAUCUGCCCGCGGAGUUCUGUGUACAAUGGCUCUGUUUUUUUCCGAACUUACACGCGGGUGUGACACACAUCAGUAUAAAAAUUAGAGUAUUCGAGGUGUUUGCGUUGUCUAUGCCAAGAGUGACACGUAUCGUUCUAAUUGUGAUACGAUUUAAAAUGAUGCUGCGGUAUGCGCGAAAAAUCCGAUACUCUGGUGAUAGGGACUCCUCGAAAAUCUUGUAUAUUGGAAGCGACUUAUUUCAUUGUUAACCAACGAAAACUGUUGUACUGUGAAGGCACAUAUUUUUCUGUAGAGACACCGGACCAAGAAUGGGAUGGUAUCGGGCUAAUUUUUUGACCACGAGCCCGCAAACAUGAUUCGUGUCGUGUGCACAUGCAUCUUGGCAAAAAUAGGAUUUACAAUGGGGUGACAUUCCCCUCAGACUAAUAAUUCAUAUAGUAGCUAAUAGGUACCCCUCUACAUAUAUAUUUAUUUUUAGCCAUUGUCGUCUCUCAAAAAAAUUGGUUAUUUGUGCGUAUGAUAGCAAGUAUAAAAUUAUGCACGAAGGGUAUUUUCAUUGAAAUAAAAAUAUAAUUGUGACGAACAAGUCGACGAGCGAAUUGAGAAGUUUUUUUUUCAGUUUUAUAAUAGGCCGGCAAAAACUUUUGUCCCUCUCUCAAAAACCGAAAUGACGCUACUGAUUACACUUCAAUUUGGAUUCCACGGAUAUUCUAUUUUUAUUUAACGACCGUGUCUUUAGUUUUCAAUAAAUUCACGGCUUACUUAACGAGACUGCGGCGAAAACUCAUUAUUGUGGCAACGUGAGAACGUAUUUCUAGUGACUGCAUAUUGUGAGCUCCAAAUUAAAAUGUACAAUAUUACAAAAAUAUUAUAAUUUCUAAAUAACAUCAAAAUACAUAAAGUGUGAUAAAUCGCUGUCUUAUAAAAAUUACUUGAACGAACGUAUAGUAAGUAAUAUUUUACGUAUGUCAAUGUCUGGUUGCCGCAAAACCGUGCGUAUUCUUUUCAAUUUUCGUUAUUCGUUUUUCACCAAUGGUAAAUUUAUCGGAUAUAAUAUUUAUUUUUUAUUACAAACAAACGUUUUAACCCGCAUCAUAAACUACUAAACAAUUUAACAAGUAAAAAAAAAAAAAUAAAUAAACUCGGAGGGGUUUUGGAGAAGCUAUUGAAAUCUUUGGGAGGUCCAAGCCCCUAAAGCGCCCCAAUCUCUUAUUUGCGCCUAUGACGCCAGCUCAAAGCGAUUCGACUGAAAGUUAAUUAAAAUGUAACGGGACAUUGUAGCAACGGCCCCGACCUAAUUUUAUGUAACCUGAAUUAAAACGCGUCUUCCGUCUUAUUACGGGUACUGCAGGCAGCCUCUUGUAUUUGAGCACGCCGCUGGGAAGCGCGCUGUCUUCGCUGGUGCUCAAUCGUCUGGGCCACAAAAACUGCAUGAUAUUAUCCAACCUGCCGUUCAUCGCUUCGCAUCUCAUGAUGGUUUACGCCGAUAACAUGGGCACCCUGUACGCGAGUUCGGUGCUGAUGGGCCUGAGCAUUGGGUUCGCCAGUGGCCCGUUUACCGCCUACAUAGGCGAAGUGUGCGAGCCGAAGUUACGGGGCGCGCUCAUGUCGGUGACGAAUAUCUUCUACUUUUUCGGCGCGACGUUGUUUACGACGACCGCCGCCAUCACCAAGCAGUGGAGAUUGGCCGUGCUGAUAAACUUAUUGAUCCCGGUCCUGACCAUACUCAUUUUGCUCGUGGUUAUUAUUUUUUUUAUAUUAUAUUGUCAAAUACGCUCUGCUCCACCCCCGACCCGUCCAACAGAAUAUACCGGGUGAUCCAUUUAAGUCGUGAGCGUACGAGAUGUUUCACUUUUAAGUUAGGUCGGAGGAGGGUUAAUACAUUCCGAAAUAAUAAGUGUACCCACCCAAAUGGAUCACCCGGUAUGUCUUCUCGUAUUAUUAUGGUUACGGUCUCAGAGAAUAAGGUCGGUGCAAACAAAUAAUUCUUUUGUUUUUUUUUUUAUUCAUUUACAAAUAUAUAAAAUGUGAACAUCGUUAAAUUAACACGAAAAACUGUCAGUUUUCCAAAACUGAAAUUUAAAUUAUACAUUUGAGAAAAUUAACAUCGACGAAAUUCAGUUUGAAGCAUUUUCGGGAAAAAAUGUAAAAAAUUGAUCUGAUACAACCUCAAUUAAUAAAAAAUAACAAAGAGUAAAAAGCGGGGGGGAGGGGCUCCGACCUUAUGUUCUAAAAUCGUCACCUAAAACCGUGAUAACCGCUGUUUCGAGAAAUCGAUCUAUAUUUUAUUCUAGAGCCCGGAUUCGCCCAUGUGGUUGCUGACCAAAGGCAAGACCGACAAAGCGAAACGCACGCUGGGCAAGUUGAGGGGAUGGGUAACGUACGAAAAGUGCUCCUGCGAAUUUCAAGAGAUGGUCGUCUACACUUCCACGAACAUAAACACGAGUAAUUGUUCGCGUUUUAUUUCUCGGUUAAACAUAAACAUGUAUAGGUUAGGUAGUCAAGUAGACAGUGGCGUGGCGUGUACUCCUGAAUCGUCUCCCAAAUGCAGGCAGGUGACCUUUUUUCACUCCGAUCGCCACCGGGUGUUUUCGGAGACAAUUCGAGUAUACUCAAACCGUCCACUCGAAUCGCCUCUCAUAGUACGCCUAGACUAAUUAAUUAAUUAAUAUAUCGAUAAUCGACGUGUACUAUCGAUUAUUAUAUCGAUUUCCGUAGUGUUCAAAAAUAAAUCUUAAUUGAUAAAUUAAAUAGAAAUCAGAUUUCAAAAUUUCAAUACUUAAAACUGUUAACAAAUACAUUUAAACCUCGGAAACAUACAACAUAACUAAUUUAAAUUUAAAUUUUUUACUAUAAAACAUAAUAAUAUUUAUUUAUUGAUUGUUUAAUAUUUUUUAUUAUUAUUAAUUACUGUUGUAUUGGUACUGUAAAACAUAAUGCUAUUUCGUCUAAAUUAUUAUUUUUUUAUUGAUUUUUUAAUACGUGCAAUUUUGAUUCAAACAUAAACCUAUUUGCUUUUUUGAUAUCGAUUUAUUACCUAACACCGUGUAUUAAUGUCUGCUAACGACAUGUGUACUAAUACCGUGUACCUAAUACCUGGUUAUGUAAAAUUGUUUUUAGUUUUAAAAAAAUCGAAAUGGAAAUCAAUUGAAUCGAAAAAAUUGUCUCGUUAAAGUACCAAGUAGAUAUAAUUUCCUUUCAGAAAAAGCGCUACACUUAUACAUACAUUGGAUCAGUAUUUCUGGCAGAUAUUUUGUACACGGUAUGGAAAUAUAAAAAAAAAAAUAAACAUCAUUGUAAAACCAAUGCACCCCUCUCUUGAUCGCGCAUCUAAAGUCAAGUGUUUGUAUUGAUUUUCUAAUAUUUAAAACGUCAUGCGUACAGACAGUCAAACCAUCGAAACCGGCAAAGACGACCACGACGGCGGUGACGACGAGAGUCCGUGGAGACAACUGUUGCGGCCCGAAGUGUACAGGCCUUUUCGGCUGAUAAUGAUUUACUUUUUUUAUACGGGUUUGUUGACCGGCACGCCGUUCUCGCCGUAUUUGAAUAGCGUGUUUUUGCAAUUCGGCGCAGAUAUUGACGUCAAAUGGACCAUAGUGAGCAUUGGCGUUCAUAUUUUAAUACGCGAUUGUACAAUUAUAAUUAUUUCGAAUUUAAAUAUUAAAUACCGCAUCCGUCUCUGUAUUGAUAUUACGCAAUUUAGACACUCUUGUACAUCUCAGCCAUGUUCGCGGGCAUACUGACGGUGUUUUUGGUGAACAUACUCGGCAAACGGUUCCUCACAUUGUUGACCGUGUUUAUUUGCGCCACGUGUUACAUAUCCAUCGGUUUAAUCGGCCGGUAUAGGACGAGUCCAAAUCAGAUAACGUCGUGGUUGAUGCUGCUGCUGUAUCUCACUAGUGUUUUCGUAUCGGCGUUCGGUGUACUGCCCAUCUCGUGGAUUCUUCUGACCGAAGUGUUUCCCAUGAAGUAAGUACAAGGUUGAAUAUUAAUAUUAAAUUAUACUACGCCCGCGUGAGCAAUGCUCGAAUUAGAAAAAUAAAAGAAGACAGACUACGAGACUUGAAAAUAAAAAAACAAAAGUCCCUAUUUAAUAAGGCUAGCUAAGUUUCGGCUUACAUAAAUAUUUAUUUGAGAUUUUUAUGAUACGAUAGAUUUACCAUAUGGUGUGUGGUUUUAUGUUGAUUAAUGAUAGAAAAUAUACAGGCGCGCAUGUUGUCUAAUUGAUGCAAUGGGAUCGAUUUAUUUUUAUUUCCUUUGUUGUUUUUUCUAUAAUGGAAAAACGAAACCGAACGACGUUGUGAAAACGGUAAUAUUUACAAAAUAACGGUUUCUGUUAUAUUCGAUUUUAUUUUAUGGUUGUGAAAAGUAAUCGCAGUGGCCUGACAUUUCACCAAAAACGUCUAUAAUAUUCUUCCGAGACACGAUACAAUUUUAAAAAUCUCUUGACAAGUGUUUAGUUAUUUAUGGACAUUUGAAAUUUUCGGGAUUUUUAGAUUUUCGUCCAUGCGAAAUUGAAUAUAAGGUUUUUAAUGAGUUGCAAUUGUAGUUGUGAAAAAUAAAAAAAGUCGACCGAUAUGUAUUAAUGUAUUUAUAACUGUUUAAACUUGAAAUUUUUAUUGCGUAUGCAUUUUGAUAAAUUUAAAAAAAAAUAUCGUCCCGUGCAUUCAAAUUAAGAUAAGUAGUGGAGGUAUCCUAAAGUGUCUGAACAAUUUUUUGAGGUACGGAGUCCCCCUAUGCCCCAUUCCAAUUCGAACUCUACGUGUAUUUAUAAUACAGAGUGAUAAUUAUUUUGUUCAAAACAACCUACUGAUUAUUUUAUGCAGGAACACAACUGAAAAUUAAAAUUAUCAAAAUUAAUUUGCGUUAAAAAAAUUCAUUCCGUCUCUGUGGGUAAGCAUGUGAGGCAUACAAUUCAAACAUAUACUUAUGUUAGCAAGAAUUUGUAUUUUUAGCUAUAUUUUUUUUAUUUUAUGGUAAAUCUUAAAACGUCCCCACACGUCAUAUAAGACGAUACAGAUAUUUAUUUGUUCAAAUUGUUGCGACUCGCCCGACGAUAGCGUCAAAUGGGAUAACUCUGUAACUUUUGCACGGGCAUUUACGGUUUACACAGUGUUAUUUAUCGCCGAUUCAGAAUUUCAAUUUUUAAACGCUAUUUGUAUGCGCGUCCUUCGUAAUAUUCGAACGCAUGUGCAACAUGUACAAUAUACAUGUGCAACCAGUAUGUACGUAAUUUAAAGACGCAUGUGCGUUUCACUGUGUGUAUUAUAAUGUUAUACUAUGACAAUAAAAUUACAUUUUGUAUUCCUAACGUUGAUUUCAGGAGCCGAAAUCUAACUUGCGGCAUUUGCGCGACGCUGAAUUACAUUCUUUCCUUCUUCAUGACCAAGUAUUAUCCGGAUUUAGUCACCGUAAUGGAUUUUUACAAUAUAUUUACCGUGUUUGGCGUUACUGGUUUGUUCGGGUUUGUAUAUUUUUAUUUUUAUCUCCCUGAAACGGAAAACAAAACUUUACAAGAAAUAUCCAAAUUUUUCAAAUAG